UUGCAGCAUGCAUGAUUGAAAGAGAGUCCAUGACGUCCAUCAUCAACUUCACUGCGCUGUCUGGCGCCCACAACGAGUCUCCUCCGUGCUACCUGCUGCAAGUGGACGAGUUCUGCUUCCUGUUGGACUGUGGAUGGGACAGCAAUGUCAACACUGAGCUGUUUGAGGCCCUCAAGAAACAUGUUUCUCAGAUAGAUGCCGUCCUCCUGUCCUUUCCCGACGUAACUCACCUCGGAGCCUUGCCCUAUCUUGUGGGGAAGUUGGAACUCAAGUGUCCCGUGUACGCCACCAUCCCAGUGUUCAAGAUGGGCCAGAUGUUCAUGUACGACUUGUACCAGUCUCGUAGGAAUGGGGAGGAGUUUGAUCUGUUCACUUUGGAUGAUGUGGACGCUGCCUUUGAUCAGGUGGUCCAGGUCAAGUACUCUCAGACCAUUCAACUUAAAGGUAAGGGUCAUGGUCUGACGAUCACUCCGUAUGCUGCCGGUCAUAUGGUGGGCGGGGCCAUGUGGAAGAUUGUCAAGGACGGUGAGGAGGAGAUUAUCUAUGCUGUCGACUACAACCAUAAGAAAGAGAGACAUCUUGAUGGUGCAGUGCUGGAGUCCCUGUCUAGACCACACCUACUCAUCACGGAUACCUACAAUGCCCUCAAUGUGCAGGCAAGGAGGAAGGAGAGAGAUCAAGCACUGCUCACGAACAUUCUGAAGACAUUGAGAAGUGAUGGCAAUGUGCUCAUUGCUGUGGACACUGCAGGACGAGUGUUGGAGCUAUCACAGCUACUGGAUCAGAUGUGGCGUAACCAGGAGUCUGGGCUGUGUGCCUACUCCAUAGCUCUCCUGAACAAUGUGGGUUAUAACGUAGUAGAGUUUGCUAAGUCCCAAGUCGAGUGGAUGAGUGACAAGAUUAUGAGGAUGUUCGAGGAUCACAGGAAUAACCCAUUCCAGUUCAAACAUAUCACAAUAUGCCACAACAUGGCCGACCUCAUGAAAGUGCCUGAGCCAAAGGCGGUACUGGCGAGCAUGUCUGACUUGGAGUGUGGUUUCUCCCGACAGCUGUUUAUCCAGUGGGCCUCUGUCCAGCGUAACAGCAUCAUUCUCACCAGCAAACCGCCUCAGGGCACUCUAGCCAGGCAGCUCAUUAAUGACCUCAAUGUCAAGUCUAUAGACCUCACAGUGCGUCAACGAGUGUCCCUAGAGGGGGAAGAGCUAGAGGCCUAUCGUCUGCAGGAGCGGAAGAAAGCUCAACUGGAGGCAGAGAAAGACUCUGAGUUAACAGAAGACAGUGAUGAGGAGAUGGAAGUUGAACUUUCGGCUUCUUUCGGACCUCCAAAGGCACCCAAACACGAUCUCAUGUUGGAGGAGGGUAAAGCCAAGAGUAUUUUCUUCAAACAGGCCAAGAGUUUCCCCAUGUUCCCCUGUCGUGAGGAGAGGCCACGGUGGGACGAGUAUGGGGAGCCGAUCAGACAGGAAGACUACAAGCUGAAGGACGUGUCGGUACCUGUUGGACCGGUCUCCAAUAAUGCAAUGGAUGUGAGCAACACUAUCAAGAGAACUGAUUCGUCCAUCCCCACGAAGUGUAUUUCUCAAAAACAGACUGUUGCCAUAAGAUGCUCUCUCUCCCACAUUGACUUUGAGGGAAAGUCUGAUGGAGAAUCAAUCAAAAGAAUCCUGUCUAUUGUGAAGCCUCGACAACUGGUGCUGGUUCAUGGUAGCAGUGACUGUACCAACACUCUGAUGGAGUUUGCUAGGAAGACGCUGAAUAUAACGGAUGAUAACGUAAUGGCUCCAUACAUUGGUGAAACAGUUAACGCUACAACAGAAUCACACAUCUAUCAGGUGAAGCUAAAGGACUCGCUAAUGAGCUCUGUCAACUUUAGCCAUGCCAAGGACGCUGAGUUGGCAUGGCUGGACGGAGAGAUACACUUUACACAGACCACCUCCUCUUGUCCUGAAGAGGGCGGAGACAAUAAGGAGGGGCCAGUACUCGGACCAAUCUCUUCUGGACCUAUCACAACUGACAAAGGGCACUCGAGUGUGUUCAUCAAUCCUCCUAGACUGUCAGAUUUCAAGCAGGUCCUCACUAAGGCUGGAAUAUCGGCCGAGUUCUCGGGCGGAGUACUUGUAUGCAGUGGAGUGGUUGCCAUCAGGAGAGGCGAGAGUGGUGGGAUUAGCCUGGAGGGAGCCGUGUGCCCAGACUAUUACACAAUUAGGAAACUGUUGUAUGAACAAUUUGCAAUCAUUUGAUCAUAAAUUUUUUCAGCAUGA